AUGGCGAAAGCAUUAUCAUACAUGCACCACGGUAGUUUCCCUACCAUUGUUCACCGAGACAUAUCCAGCAAGAAUAUUCUUUUUGAUCAUGAAUAUGAGGCUCAUAUAUCUGAUUUUGGCACGGCUAGACUCUUGAAUUCUAAUUCAUCGAACUGGACUUCGUUUGCUGGAACAUUUGGCUACACUGCUCCAGAGUUUGCUUACACAAUGGAAGUGAACGAAAAGUGUGAUGUGUUCAGUUUUGGAGUGGUAGUUUUAGAAGUGAUUAUGGGACGACAUCCUGGUGAACUUGUUUCAUCAAUUUCAUCGUCUUCAUUAUCUGAAAACCAAAACGUUUUUUUAAAGGAGGUGUUGGACCCUCGACUUUCAAGUCCUGGGAAACAUGAAGCGGAAGAAUUGGUGUUGAUUGCAAAGAUAGCAUUUGCAUGUCUGAAUUUCAAUCCAGGAUCUCGGCCAACCAUGUUCCAAGUUUCUGCAUUGCUGUCCAAGAAAAUGCAGCCUUCAAAUUUGUUUCCUCAUAUCACACUUAGCCAAUUGUUUGGUCUUGAAUUUCCCACUGUCUGAGUACGACAUUAAUCUUCAUUUGCAUACUAUUUAUCCUUUAACUUUGGUUGUAUAUAUUCUUGGUUUUCUAAGAAUAAUGAUUAUCAAUUUCUCAUCUUCCUAA